AUGGCCACCAAAACGUCCAUCCCCCGAUUCCUCCUCCCACAAUACGGCGCAAUAUGGAGGACCACAGCUCGAACGAUGCCUUUUCCCAGGCCGGCCAGCCUUGAGCUCGGUCAGGUGCUGGUGCGCUAUGCAUCCAAGACAGUAGCUGCGUCAAAGACCACUGCUACCAAAUCCGCCACGACAGCCUCCAAGACCGCCGCGGCCAAGAAGGUCGAGGCUCCCAAAGCCGCCUCCACUAAAGCUGCCGCCUCCAAGGUGUCGUCUGUCAAGGCUGCGGCAUCAAAACCCGCCGCCGCCGCCUCCAAGACCUCCAAAACACCAGCUGCAAAGGCGAGCGCCGCCAAGGGUGCGGCACCCAAGCUCUCAAGUACACCGGACCCCACCGCUCCGAGGAAAGCCGUGACGCCCGACCCGUCAAAGCCCCUCGUUCUCGAGAAGCCAGAGAGGUUCAACCCUCCGUCGCACGGUGCCCGGCUGCCGCGAUCGACGCCAAAGCACUACGGUGGCGCCCCGACCUUUGAGGAGGUGCAGGCCCAAAAGACCAGAGAGUAUCCGGGUCUGCCUCCGCCGCCAAACACAUGGUCUCACUGGUUUAUCAACAACCGACACAUUCACAUGUUCAUCACCUUGGGCACUCUGGUAUCGCUGACAGCCUACACGUUCGCGGCAAAGUUCAAUGCCACAUCCCCGUACGCGGAAAUGAUACCGCCCAUUUCAGAAUUUCCCUCGCACCCAAUCGACUAUAUCGGAACCUGCUUCCACGUCCUGCGCCUGCACGAGGAGCACAUUUCGGCCGUCACGGCCGAGAAGCGCCGCCGCAAGGUCGACGAUGUGGCCAAGCGCAACGAGUACCGCAAGGCCCACGGUCUGGACGCUGCCCAGGGUAUUGAGAGCUGGAAUGCGCCGGCAAAGGAGGUGGCGCCUGUUGCUGCCGAGGUGGAGGCGCCUUCGACUGCCCCAGUGGCUGAACAAGCACAGGCUACUCCCGAGGUCUCGGAGGAUGGAAAGCGGAAGAAGUUCCUGGGCAUUUUCUAG